AUGUCUUCGAGCAUAGGAGUUCUCGCUCGAGAUGAGUAUGACGCCGAUGUUCUUGAUGGAGUUUUGCUACACAAACCCUUUCUCGAUGCCGUCGGCAACCCCACGGAAGAGUGGGUAAUACCUUGGAUACCGAGUUCCUACAGUCUGUCUGUGUUCAUUACCUGUCUGAUUGUGGGGACUUUUGCAUUCCAAAUCGGUCGAUGUGAUACUCUUAUCUUGGGCAAUGUCGCUGCUGAUAUCGAGAUUGGAGAUCGAGAGCCGGCUAAUACCUUCAAUGCCAUUGCCAUCAUAUUGAUCGCUGGCGAGUGCCAAUUACAUUUCAAUGCAUCUUCGCCAUCAUCGCUGGAGGGUGCAUGUUCCUCCUUCCAGACACUCCUCGAUAUUAUUGCGAAGAACCGUCAUGCCAAGGGCGAUGCCGUUCUUGAGCGACUGAACGACGCUCCUAUCGACUCUGAAAAGGUCCAAGCCACCAAAAGAGAAAUUCUGCUAGCCAUCGAGGCAGAAGAUGAAGCAAAGUCCAGUCUUCAUUGGAGAAUGUUUCUCACUUCUAGCAUCAUUGACCGCACCCCCAUGAAGAUUAUUCGAAGCUUUUGGCUACCCAUGAUAAGAGAAUGGAUUGGAUCCGGCCCGAUAGCUUAUUUCACUUACUUUUUCGACAUUGGAUGCGUUCCUCUCUACGUCGCCAUUGAACGAAUCGGCCGCCGGCUGACCCUCAUGUACGGCGCCAUAGUCAUAAACGUCUUGGUCCUGAUCUUCACCGCGCUCCAAGCCAUGCCUCAUAUGACAUCUAUCCAAUGGGCAGGCAUUAGAAUCAUCUUCGUCUUCCUGUUCGUUUUCGGAUAUGCCCGGCAAAAGCUGCGUCUGGCCCUACCGCUCGGAAAUCGCGCUCUUGGAGCAUCGACAUACUGA